AAAACAAAACAUAUUAUGGCUAUUUUCUAUUCCAUUAGACAUAAAGAACUACAAGUUUAUUUAUUUUUAUUUGGAAAGUUAUGUUUUUUACUCUACUAUAUAUUUAUAUAAGGAAAAAUGUUUAUGAAAAUGUCAUCUCCUGUGCAGUGUCUUAGUGACAAUCUUGAGGGAAUCCUCUGAUAAUUUCUAGAGGUACAAAGUAAUGAUAGUGGUGUCUGAACAAAUGGACACAGAACUGCAUUAUGAAACAGCAGUACCAUGUAAGCCUAUUCGAAAACAAGACUUAUGGAAUACCAUGGGACAUAUUCCUGGAUUUGAACUCUCUGUGGCUAUUCCACAAAUACUAAAAAUGUCUUAAAGAAAAUUAUAUUACUAUAUCAUCCCAUAAAUUUAUAUUUUUAAUAAGGACUCAACUGAACACUAGGGUUUAGUUUUGUAGAUUAAUAGGUCCCAGUAUCCAAUUUUAGACUGGAUGCAGUUUCAUGUAUGUCUGGCUCUCAGUAUCCUAUCUUAGGACAAAAGUAUCAGAUUAGAUAUUGUAGAAUCAAUUGUAACUUAACUCUUAUUUUUAAUAGUAUCACAGAGGUUAAUCAUCAUAAAGACUCUUCCUCCUAAGAGGAAGGAAUUUUUUGCCAACUCAUGAAGGCAAAGAUGUGUGUCCAAAGGGAAGAAAAAUUGUUUCAGGGUUGACAAAACAAUCUCCAACCCCACCCCUAGGACUUUUACCUUUGCUCCUAAGUGAAAUGCUAGAUUUAACUUGUUUAAUUUCCUUUAAAAAAAAAAGUACUGUAGCAUAUCGCUUUAGGGCAAAGGUAAAUCUACCUUUGUUUGUUCAAUCUUUGUGGCAGUAAAAUAUUGUCUGCUCUAUUACUUUAUUGCAUUAAAAACAUCAAUUUGGUCUUAUCUUAAACACAAAUAUACCUAUAAUUGCCUAAGUUAUUGUUAUAAUCCAUAUAACCUAAAAGGGAAUAUUAUGAUAAAAUAUAUCUAGUUUCAUAGUUGGAACAGGAGAAAAAAAAACAGCAAAAGCUGGAGGGAAAUUAAACAGAACAUAAAUACAAUGCACAUUAUCUAUAAUUAAUCACAAUUACUUAAUUUUAUAACACAUUAAAGGCCAAGCUGAAGCUUUUGUCGAGUUCAGCACAUGAAAACGUGGCACACCCAAAAUGCCCAGUCUUAAAAUGCCAGGAGACCUCAUUUUCUCAAAGAAGAAAUUGUAUGUAAAGAAUAGCAAGAUAAAUGGUAGUCAGGACCCCGGGUAUUAAUGCUACUCUAGUGGGUUUUUGCUGUCGCCCUUGCUGAUGUCUCAUGACAGUCACAUGGCUUCUGGAAGGCUGUUGAUAAAAGUAGCCGGGGUCUGUGGGGAAUCGCAUCGCCUUUCUGGUUCCUGUGAUAAAGCUUCGCUUUCCCCACCUUCUUCCCCCGAUGUCUCCAGAGCCCCGUAUUUUAUAUUAUGCAAAACUUUUUAUGGCUGCUUAUCAGAACAAACUGAGGCGAACCGGACGGCAUUGGGGUUAACUUUAUUAAGGUUUUCCACAGCAGGCGGGGCUGCGUGUGGCGGCCGGGCGAGGCUCCGGGGCCGGCACCAAGCGAGAUGGUUUUCAUUAAGCAAGGCCCAUCCUAUCCUGUUUAGGAUGCUGACAUCAUCCAGCAGUGGUUCCCAGGUUAUUCAGAACAUGGAAGAAGGACAUUUCCCCAUUCAUGUGAAAAAUGUGCGAAGUAAAUUGAGAGAGAUAGUGGGAGCAUCCACCAAUUGGAGAGACCACGUGCAAGCGAUGAAUGAAAGAAAAGCCUUAGAUACACUCCUUGCUAAAACCCAAGCUGACCUGCCCCCUAGGAAAAUGAAAGACAGCUAUAUAGAAGUCAUCUUGCCUUUAGGAAGCCAGCCCGAAAUAAGAGAAAAAUAUCUCAAUAUGCAAAACACUGUCAGGUUUGGUCGAAUUCUUGAAGACCUUGACAGCUUAGGAGUUCUUAUUUGUUAUACUCACACAAAACAUGAAGCUACUUUGAAAUCUCCUUUAUCAAUUGUUACAGCACUCGUGGAUAAAAUUGGUUUAUGGAAACAGCAUAUUCAUCCGGAUUGUGAUAUCAAAUUUACUGGGAAUGUUUCCUGGGUUGGAAAAACUUCAAUGGAAGUGAAGAUACACAUGCUUCAGUUACUUGAUGGAAUCUAUUGCCCUGUGUUAGAUGCAACUUUUGUCAUGGUCGCCCGUGAUCCAGAAAAUAAAAGACCAGCAUUUGUCAAUCCAUUAAUUGUUGAAACCCCGGAGGAAGAAAAAAUCUUCAGGGAAGGAGAAAAGAACAAGAUCAGGCGGCUUGAAUCUAGUAGGGCUUCUUUAUUGAAGGUUGCACCUACUGAAGAUGAAAGAAAUAUUAUCCACAAUAUAUUCCUGAAUACUCUGGAUUCAAGGACAGUAAGUUUUCGUAGUCGGAUAUUGCCACCCAAUUCAGUAUGGAUGCAAGACACAAAAUUAAAGGGUUUGGAGAUCUGCCAUCCACAGGAACGUAACAUUUUCAACAGAAUCUUUGGAGGCUUUCUCAUGAGAAAAGCAUAUGAACUUGGAUGGGCUACUGCCUACAGCUAUGGAAACUCCAGACCUUAUGUGGUAGCUGUAGAUGAUAUUAUGUUUCAAAAACCAGUUGAAAUUGGAUCCUUACUAUUACUUUCUUCCCAGGUAUGUUAUACUGAAAAAAAUAACAUCCAGGUUCGGGUGCACAGUGAAGUUUAUGAUCCAGACACCAGGGUCCACCAUACAACCAAUGUCUUCCAUUUCACAUUUAUGAUAGAGAGGGAAAUACCAGAUGUUGUUCCCAAGACAUAUGGUGAAUCUAUGUUGUAUUUGGAUGGAAAACGGCACUUUGAAAACACAGCAUAGGAUCAGCACAGAAUUACAGCUUUGGAUGGCCUUGGAAACUUCAACUAUAGUGGUUAUCAGAAAGAACAAAAGUAUUUUAACUCCAAAAACUUCAAAAACAGUACAGAAAUAUUAUAAAACAUUUUAGAUUUCUAAUCAGGUAUUUUUGUUACUAUUUAUACAAAUAUUUUAAUAUUCUCAUUGCAUAUAUUCUUCAUAUGUUUAAGCAUAAAACAAAUAUAGAAUAUCUUGCUGAGGAUCCAAUUAUGAUUGGGAUGGAUAAAAUAUUGUGUAAAUAAAUAAUCAGUAGCAAUAAAAAAAAAGCUACGUUUGAGUAGGAAGUAUAGAAAAUAGUAUGGAAUAAUGCUCCUGAAUAUCUUUUAUAUCUUUUAAAAACUUGUACAUUAUUUAAACUCAUAUGCAGCAUAUAGUGGGGACACUAUAUUGGGCCAAUUAAGACAUUUCCCCCCUUUCCCUUUGGAUUCAUACAAAAUCUCAUUGUGCUGAUUGGUAGUUGUUUUUUUUUGUUUUUUUUUAUUAGAAAGUUUUGGUAAGCUUGGUUCUUUCUAUUUGUACAAUCUCCCUGUCCUGUCCUGGUACUGAUAGUAAAAUGUGAUCCUUAUAUAAAGUGCUGAUUUCUUACUAAGACAAAUCAGAAACUGAAAAUAGUGCUGUUUUCAUAAUAAUAAACUAUGACCAACUCCUGCGGCCACAGGAAGGUUUUUGGAUUAAUAAA